AUGAUAAAUCUUCUUCUUUGGAAGUACAAUAUCAAUUUUAUAGAAGAUGAUUCACAAGAAGAAAAAGACGAGUAUGUUGGUGGUUGUUGUCAUACUGAAUCAACGAUUAAUCAGUUACCAAAUAAUGUUCGAUUAAUACUAACAACAAUGAAAAAAUGUAAAUCUUUGAGUGGACUUAAUAGACAAUUGCAGCUUGUUCAAAGUGAACCAGAAAUUGGAGAUCAAGAUAAUAGUGUUGAUAAAAAUAAAUCUAAUGAAGGAAGGACUCUUCAUCGAUCAUCCAUCAGACGAGCUGCUCAAUUGCUAGAAAAUAUGUUUAUUAUGGAAGAAGAAUAUAUUAUUGGUGCUUUUUUACAUCCAAAUUAUGAACAAAUGAGACGAGCAACUAGUUCUCAAAUUGAAGGGUGUUAUGCAAAAUGUCGUCAAUCACUAAUACAUGAUCCAUUAGGUGCUGACAUAAUCGUGGACAACUACGAGGCCGAAGCAAAAAAGCCAAAACUUUUCAUGUCAACGUUAAGGGACAAUCAAGAUGAACGAAAUCAAGACGGACAUGACGAGGUUGACGACGACAUAUCUUUAACACUUGGUGAAGAUGAACAAUAUUCAAAUCCAUUGAUUUUUGGAAAAAAAAGGAAAAUCAAUUAG